CACUGCCGUAUUAAACCUCCUCGGAGACUGCCGACCGUUGGCUGACCGGCGAUCAAAGCUAAACGAUGGAACUGAAGUAGACUGAGGUUGUUGAUGAUCAAAAUUGUAAGGAAAUUCAAUGAUCAUUAACAUAUCUCACUUCGAAUUUCGAAUUUCUUUCUUGAAAGAGCUCCAAUCGUGCAUCCAUUGAACUCAAUUUGUUUCCCGAUGUACACAUAUAUGUGUGCCUACAGAUGUGCAUUUUCUUUCUUUUGCGGCUCCAGAUCAUUGUCAUCAGCAGUUUGAUGCAUAGAUAGUCAACAUGACUGGAGCAGAGACGAAAGAAGCUCCUGAGAAUAUUGGAAAAUUGGUGCACUUACAAAGCAGCACACCAAAGUCAUAUGCAAAGAGAUCAAGAAAACUAAAACCCCAUGGGAACACCUUGAGUUCUCCAAUGUCUAAGAAAAAGCUUGUUGACCUUUUAACCAACAGCAAAAAGAAAGAGUUUAAACGUAGAAAUGCUUCUAAUAAAGCAAGCAAAUCCUUGAGCAAACCAUCUCUAGUGAGUUGCCAAAAUCAAAAGAAGCAAUUGGCUGCUACUGGUUCAAAUGAAAAUGAAAAAUGUGAAAAGGGGGAUCCCACUUCUGAGAAGUUUAAGCAGAGGCGAAAGAGAAAGAGGACAAACAACAAAGUUGAGGUUGACGAAGCUUCCAGGCUGCAAAGGCGGACGAGGUACCUUCUCAUUAAAAUGAAAAUUGAACAGAACCUUCUAGAUGCAUACUCAACUGAAGGCUGGAAGGGUCAGAGCCGAGAAAAGAUUAAGCCGGAGAAGGAACUUCAAAGAGCCAAAAAGCAGAUACUGAAAUGUAAACUUGGAAUCCGUGAUGCCUUACGCCAGCUGGAUUUACUUAGCUCAGAUGGAUGCAUUGAUGAAUCUGUAAUAGCUCCGGAUGGAUCUGUACAUCAUGAACAUAUACACUGUGCAAAGUGUAAGCUGAGGGAUGCAUUUCCUGAUAAUGACAUCAUACUGUGUGAUGGGACUUGCAAUUGUGCGUUUCACCAAAUGUGCAUUGACCCUCCCCUUUUAACUGAAAACAUUCCCCCAGGAGACCAAGGUUGGUUCUGUAAAUAUUGCAUUUGUAAGACUGAAAUCAUGGAGGCCAUGAAUGCACACCUUGGAACAAGUUAUCCCCAUGAUAGCAAUUGGCAGGAGAUUUUUAAGGUGGAAGCCACAUUACCUGAUGGUGGCAAUACUUUACUCAAUCAAGAAGAAUGGCCUUCAGAUGAUUCUGGCGAUGAUGAUUAUGAUCCGGACAGAGUUGAAAAACGUGACAGUAGUUGUAGCAGAGUUUGCUCUGAAGGCGAGUCUUGUGAUGAUGAUGCCAGCAGCAGCUAUAGUUUACAGUCACUGGAUGUUAAAGCUCUUGAUGAUGAAUCUCAGAAGUUAGAUAUGGGCCUUGAAAGCAUCUCUGCUGACUUAAUUGGUGCGGUUUCUGGUUCUGGUUCUGAUUGUGAAUUUGUGAGUGGUCGUCGACAACGUCAAGCGGUAGAUUAUAGAAAGCUUUAUGAUGAAAUGUUUGGAAAAGAUGCUCUUGCAAAUGAACAAGCAAGUGAAGAUGAAGAUUGGGGUCCUACUAACAGAAAACGGAGAGAAAAAGAGUCUGAUGCAGCUAGUACCCUAAUGACUCUUUGUGAAACUGAGGAGAAAAGUGUAAAAGAUGUUCCUGACACCUCCAAGGUUGACACAAACUUAUCGUGCAAAGAAACUAAACGAUCAUUUUUCAGGAUUCCAUCUGAAGCUGUAGAGAAGCUUCGCCUUGUUUUUGCAAAGAAUGAGCUCCCCUCUCGAGCUGUUAAAGAAGACCUUUCCAAGCAGUUAGGUCUCGACCUUGAAAAGGUUAACAAGUGGUUCAAAAAUGCGCGCUACCUAUCACUUAAAACCAAGAGGGCAGGGGAGGAAAAUCCAACUCAAAAUGAUGGUAUUUCUAUUUCAAAAGAAUCUGGAUCAGAACCUGCAAAGAAUGAAGCUAUUGAUGAAAUUCUAUCGGAGGAUAUGCCCACAACUUUGGCCCAUACACCUGGGAACGGACAUAUGAAAAAGUUCCGUAGGAGAAAGAAUCCUCAAUCACCAACUAGUACUGCAAAGCAGCAGCAGGUUGAAAGGGAGUUUAAUCUUACAACAUCAACUAACAAGGUUGAUGGUAAUGAAGAUCUUGGAGAUGACGACUUGAGCUUGAAAAUGUUAAGAGAAAAUGUGAAAAAGGAAAAAAUCAGAGCCGUUGACAUCGGUGGCAGCAGUGAAGGCGAUGAUCAACAAGCAGUAGCAGCAGCAGAAUCCCAAAUGGAGAAGCUUUGUUUUUUAAAGACAAAGAUGGAGAAACUAAAACAGGUAUUACUUUUGAGAACACCAAACCGAAGAGCUAAAACGACAGCAACAUCUAUUGACCAUACCAACACCAUCUUCGUUCCGGUUGCACACCUCAAGGAGAAACACUGAAUCUGCACAUACUCCACCACCCUUUUCACCGCUCGGCACCACUCUUCACCGCCCUUCAUGGGAGGCGGGUGCUUGCGGCUCUUUUCUAAACAGGAAAGAUCAGCUCAAAGUUGUAACAAGAGUUAAACCAGUUCCUUUAAACUAUUUAGCUAUCAAAAGAUGAAUUAUUAUAUAUAACUCAGUGUAUAAGUAUUUCUGUACAUGAGGUCGUCGAAAGACAUUACGGGUGCCAUUGGUUUUGUCGUAACCAACAUGACCGAAUCGAACUAACAUAUUGUCAGAUAACUGUUUAUGC